UUAAAAAAUUAAUUUUCAAAGACAGUGUUUCGGCAAUUAAUUAAUUAUCAAAAUACAUGUAUAGCGCGCGUAUCUCUUGUAUAUUUCAAUGCAAAAGCAUGUGAAUUUCAAUUUUUCGCUUACAUUAGGAGCAAAAAGAUCAACACGGACAUUUAGCCGCAAAUAGUAAACUAAACGGAAAAGGAAAUAAUUUAUUCUGUCAAUCGCAAAAAAAUGCAUAUUUAUUGUGUACUAUUGAUUAUUAAAUUAAAUUAUUUUACUACAUAACCUUAAUCACCUAACUAUUACAAAUGUAUCGACAAUGGUUUUUGAAAGCAAAUUGAAAAUUAACUGAAUCAUCGAUCUAUAUUUACCGCCAUCGGCUAUUCUCUGUGGCAGAAAGCAAUUGGGAUGAUGACUUUUACACACUUAACGUAGCAUUAGAAUUUUUAAUAAAACAAUUUUGACAUCAAUUUUCUUUCGCAUAUUCAAAUAAAAACACUUUGUGUAUAGUUUCGAUAAAAUGACCAAAGAUCAAACAUCGGCCAUACCCGAAGAACUAUACAAUCUAACGCAGCUAGCUGAAGUUACGUUGGCGGCCGUUCGUCUAAGUACAACAAAUGCCAGCGAAAUUAAAGAAUAUAUAAAUAAUGCGAAAUUUCAAUCUUCUGGUGCAACUGAUCUUCAUCGUCCCAGUGAUGGCGACCGAAGGAUAACAACAUUACCCGCUAGUGAAUUAAAUUCCCAUGAAAAGCAAACGGAAACGCAGUCGCAAUCGCUAAUGAAAGGAAGUUAUCAAGACUCAGUAUCGUCAAGAUUUGAAAAUAUCCCGAUGCCGAAUUUAGUAACGUCUGUAUCCUCGUCCGACGAUGAUUCUUAUUAUUAUAGUCAUAAAGUGUUUGAUCGAAAGAAAUCGCGUCGCUCGACAAUAUCGGAUCAUUCACGGUACGAUGAACAUUCUUGCAGUAGUGCACCCAGUUGCAGUGGCGACGAGCAAUUCCAAUCGAUUGGAUAUUCACAAAAUGGUAGCAUCAUUGGAAAUUUAGCACAGAUUAGCUCACAUUCAUCUGGAACUUCCAGUUCUAGCUUAUCCGAUGACGAGCAUGUAUGUCCGGAGUGCGGUAAAAAGUAUUCGACAUCAUCGAAUUUGGCAAGGCAUCGACAAAUUCACAGGUCGAUUAUGGAUAAAAAGGCAAGACGAUGUCCUUACUGUGAAAAGGUUUAUGUCUCUAUGCCCGCCUUUUCUAUGCAUGUACGCACUCAUAAUCAGGGUUGCGAGUGUCAAUAUUGUGGCAAGCGUUUCUCGCGACCUUGGCUAUUACAGGGUCACAUAAGAACUCAUACAGGUGAGAAGCCUUUUAAGUGCAGCGUUUGCACGAAAGCUUUCGCUGACAAGUCAAACUUAAGAGCUCACAUACAAACACAUUCGAAUACCAAACCUCAUACAUGUGGACGUUGCGGUAAAGCAUUUGCCUUAAAGUCUUACCUUUACAAACAUGAAGAAUCAUCCUGUAUGAAAAAUCAGCGUACCGAUCGAGAAUCUCGAACUCAUAAAACGAUAAAUUGUCCUGAUCUAUCUAGUGUACAAACGAGUAGAAGUGCUACACACCCAUAUGCCGCCAACGCAAAUACAUGCAAAGCUACAGACAUAACAAAAUCAACUUUGGCCAAUAAAUUGUUACAAAAAGGUAAAGAACGCCGCCAAAUAUAUUGUAUACCGAUACCGGAGGUGGCGCAUAUUCCGCAUGCUGAUGUUCAACUUAUAACGGUUACUAAGGAAUCCCCCCUUAUGGACGUCAUUCAUCAUCAAAAAUCAUAUACAAUGCUAAACAGUCCCAUGAGCAAGGAGGACUAUGAACGUUUCAAACGUAUUAGCGUUAUCCAACCAACAGCUUUAACAGCUGCCGCAACAACAGAGACUCAUUAUUACAACGGCACAUCGGCGGCUAUUCCAAUACAGUUUUACACCACAAUACCCACAAAUAACGGGGGUAAUCAAAUACAAGAUAAACCGGUCGAUUUUUCACCUAAAAAUAGUUUCACACAUUCAGCGAAAACAAGUCCUUUCGAAUUGACAGGAAAUUAUGCCAUUGUUGCCUAAUAACGCAUGAAUGAAACAUUUUACAAAAUUUUAAAGAAAGACACAAAAAAAAAAAUAGUCUGUGAAAGUGAUGAGAAUUCACGCAAACGUACAAACGAGGGAAACAAAUUCGUUAAUAUUACUGUGCAAUCGCCAAUAGAAGGCGCUCAACACAUGAUAUGAUACCUUUCGCAUAUAUUGCAAAUUUUAUAUACAUAUUAUAACAUAUAUAUACAUAUAUGUAUGUAUUCUUGGUAAACACAUAUGUAGUACAUGUUGUAAUACUCUAUUUUAGUUAGAUUUGUGAAACCCAUGUGAUAAUAAAUUUAUUAACAGGCACACGCAAACAUAUGCGUCGCAUUUACAUCUGCAAUUGAAUGACUACGAAUUUAAUUCGCAAUCAUUUAUACAAACAUAAUAUACACAUGCAGCCAAAAGAGUAUAAAGCUUAUGUUACAACCUUUACAUCAUAAUACCUGCGGUUAUGAAUGUUUGCAAGUAUAUGCUUUUGUCCAUAUGUAUGACUGUUGUGUAUGUUUUUUAGUUUUGACAAUAUUUUAGAGAUACUCGUACGAUCCAUAGAAUGUAAUUUUUGUUAAUAAUACAGUAUUCAGUGAAAAUAUAUUUCCUAUCUCCUUCUCACUCAUUACACUGGGAUACGAAUAUCAAAUAUAGAGAAAAAGAGUAAAAACAAAAAAAAAAAAAACAAAAAAAAAGCAAAAAAAAAUCUUUUUC